CGAACCUGAUAUACUAUUAAAGCACAGCUCCGUGUCUAUGUUAUAAUCCAUACCCAUACCCAUAACUCACCAUGCCAUCCCUAGACCAACAAUUCCAGCAAGCCUGCGACGCGGGCGAUCUCCCCGGUGUCGUCCUGCUAGCCAGCGACAAAGCAGGGAAAUUCAAAUAUGAAAAAGCCUUUGGGCUGAAAUCUCCAGGGGAGAAGAUAGAUAUCAACGCGACUUUCAUCCUGGCAUCAUGCACAAAACUCAUGACCACCAUCGCGGCCAUGCAGUGCGUUGAGCGGGGGGAGAUCAGAUUAGACGACGACGUCUCAACAAUCUUGACAGAAUUAAAGGGUAUCCAGAUCCUCACCGGCUUCAACGAAGAGACAAAUGAACCUCUUCUCACCAUCGCCAAGAACAAAAUAACCCUCCGCCACCUCCUAACCCACACCUCCGGCCUCGGCUACUUCGGCAUGAACCCCCUCCUAUCCCGCUUCUUCAGCACCCUCCCCCCAACCCGCACCGCCAACACCCCCCUCCUCCACCGCAUCACCUCCCCCCUCCUCUUCGAGCCCGGCACAUCCUGGGAAUACGGCACCGGGCUCGACUGGGCUGGCGUGCUGGUCAUGCGGCUCACCGGCACCUCGCUGGAAGCUUACAUGCAAUCCCACAUCUGGGAUCCUCUAGGCAUAAAGAACAUUACCUUCCACCAGGAGUUGAAGCCCGAAGUGCGCCAGCGACUCGUCACCAUGACGAAACGCGGCGCAAAGAAGAAGGUAUGGAGUAAACCCUCCACCAGCGGGGAGAAGGUGGAAUGGACAAACGACAUACUGUACGAAGACCCCUGCGCCCACGAAUACGGCGGCGGCGGCGCAAUCGGCUCCGCAACAGACUUCCUCAAGAUCCUCACCUCCCUCUGCGCCUCCUCCACCAGCGUCCUCUUAAAACCCGCCACAAUCGACGAGAUGUUCACCCCCCAACUCGCCCCCAGCGGGCAGCGCGCAUUAACCCUCUACAACGCCGCACUCGCCGAGACCAAAACCUUCACGAGCCGCAAGUCGUCAACAAAGCUUAACUUCGGACUCGGCGGCCUGCUGGUGCUGAGUGAUGAUGAAACCGGGCUGAAGGCGGGAACGAUGACCUGGAGCGGACUCCCGAAUCUGCUGUGGACGAUUGAUAGGGGGAGUGGGGUGAGUGCGUUUUAUGCGGGGAAUGUGCUUCCGUUUGGGGAUUUUAAGAGUCAUGAGAUGCAGCAGUUGUUUGAGAGGGAGGUGUAUGGGUUGGCUGCUGCGGUGGGGGUGGCGGUGGGGUCGGGGUCGAAGUUGUGA